AUGACUCUAUUGUGGAUGGGGUGGUGCUGCCUGAUAAACCCGUGGGAGGUGGGCGUCAGGGCAAUGACCAAGAAGGACCGCCUCUCCCAGCGCCUGGCAUUUCGAGAAAUCCUCGGGUCCAUUCGGGACAACGGGCGGUGCUCCGAGACAGUUAUCAAGCUGAAGCACGGCGACUCACUGCGUGUCGACACGUGGACGCUGACAGUGCAGCUGAAUGCUCUCCGGAAAUUUCUAGCGGACGGCUUUCAACGCCAUUUGCAGGACAACGAGUUGCUGCACCAAGUGUUCAGCUACCAGCCGCGCAUGGAGAAAAAGGAGGUUUUCCAAACCGCUGUGCAGAAGCGUAUGAUUCUCUCUCCAAACUCCGAGGCCAGUCGCAAUCGCUCUGUGGCCCGCAGACGCAGCCGUCUGGCAGCUCAGGAAAGCAACUUUGCUUUUUUUGCUCAUGAUGACUGA